AGUCAACUGCCAAGGGUGAUAUUUAUUAUAAAACAAAUUUAUAUAAAUUUUUUUUUUAUAUAAGGCGAAUUUCGUACCAGUGUUGCUGUGCAGAAAAGCGAGGCUGUAGUACGUGACAGGGGUGCCACCUAUCGUAUAAAUGCGGCGAAUUUUCAAUAAAUACCGGUUCGAUAUAAAAUAUUUCGGCGAAAACGUAGCUGCAACAGCUGAUUUAUUACAAACAAAAAUAAAGGUAUUUUGAUGGCAUCUGUCGAUUUUAUGAAAGCGCUGCAAUUUGCGGCAUACAAACAUAGUAAACAACGUAGAAAGGAUCCUGACUCCACGCCGUACGUUAACCAUCUUAUAAACGUUGCCACAAUAUUAGCAGAGGCUGGCAUUAAAGAUGAGGGCGUCCUUAUAGCGGCUAUAUUGCAUGAUGUUGUUGAAGACACAGACACAACCAUUCAAGAGGUGGAGCAGCUGUUCGGCACCGAUGUGUCCAGUCUGGUGCUGGAAGUGACCGAUGACAAGAGCCUGGAGAAGGACGAACGCAAGCGGCUGCAAAUUGUAAAUGCCAGAAAUACAACAAAGCGCGCCAAGCUCAUCAAAUUGGCCGACAAGCUGGACAAUCUGAGGGAUCUACGCAAGACCACGCCAUGUGGUUGGACAGAGGAACGCCGCGAUCAGUACUUCGAAUGGGCCAAACUUGUGGUGGACAACUUGCGCGGCACGAAUGCGAUGAUGGAGGAGAAACUGGACCAGAUUUUCGCUGAGCGAUCUCUUGUAUAAAUAAGGUUAAGACUGUGAUCCAUGACUGAUUCUUCCAAUAUAAUAAUAAUAACAAUAGUACAACAUGAAA